CCUCGGACGCGCCUCAAGUUUUGCUAUUCUUGUGCCCUACGAACUUGCCUUUGCAAAUCUCCAGUUACAUUCCUAAUUCUCCAAUAACUCCCUUCGAAAAUUUUAAAUCUUCCCCCAAAACCUCCAUUUCUUCCCGAUCCCCCCCCUCUGAAUUCUAGCCGUAUCUCACCUAGGGUUUGGAUCCCAUUUUCCCUCCUAAAUCUAGAGUUCCGUUGUUUACUUCCCCAAAUUUUCCCUGCUUUCUGAUCCAAUCUAGUUUAUUUAUUUAUUUUUUUUUAAAUAUCGUUCUUACUACUAUCAGUUAUAUGGUCUAUUGAUUUAUAGAUUUGAGUUCAAUCUAGGGUUUCGAAUCCUGAUCCCCGAAAGUUGUAAUUUUGGCUUCGACAAGUUUGGGGAGGAUUUGUUUAACUGGACUUUUGAAUUUUGUUCCCAAAAUUCGUUCUUUUGGUAGAAAACUUGGCUUUGGAGGCUUUAGGAAUAGGUUCAUCGAAAAUACGUUUGCCGAAGAGCAGGAAAAGGUCAACGUACUGUUGGUGGAGGAGGGUGUGGUUUGAGCCUGCAUUUGUUGUUAUAAAUUGAAGAUGCCGAGAUGCUGGCUCUGAAUCGUAACGGGUUCCCCAAUAUGAGCCCUUUUUUUCAUUUGGCUGAAUGGCAUCCGCUAGGAUUGCAAAGCUGAUUUGGGCUUGGAGCCUUCUCCUCCUCCUGUAAACAGGUGUUGGGAUAAAUUCCUUCAGUUGCUGAUAAUUAAAAUAACUACUUCAGGGUUCGAGUUUCUCAUGUUAAGUAAGAAUAAGAUUAUUGCGAGAAUGAUAGGCUGCUGCGGUUGCUUUGGCUUUGGUUUUAGCAGAAGGCCUAAAGGAGAACUGAGGCCAACUUCUGGCUUCAAUAAUCACCAUUCCUUGGAUUUGUUGUUGGAUGAAGAUAUUGAAGAUGAUGAUGAGUGUUCAUACAAUGGUGAUGUUACAGAUACCGCUCGUGAAGAUGAUGCUGUGUUGCACAGUCGCGCCAAUCGUUCUGAAGAGAUUUUAAGGUUCAGGGAACAGAAUGGAAUGAUUUGCAGGCAACAUCCUGUCAAGGAAACUCAAAAGAUUUUCCGCACAGAGGAUGAAAAUGGCAAUAAGAUGGUCAAUGAGUAUGUUCGUGAGUAUAAAAUUGGUGCUGGUAGCUAUGGGAAAGUGGUUUUAUAUCGGAGCAGCGUGGAUGGGAAGCAUUAUGCAAUUAAGGCAUUUCACAAGUCUCAUUUAUUAAAGCUACGAGUUGCACCCUCAGAGACUGCCAUGACUGAUGUGCUUCGCGAGGUUCUUAUUAUGAAAAUGUUGGAUCAUCCUAAUAUAGUCAAUCUCAUUGAGGUGAUUGAUGACCCAAGCACAGAUCAUUUUUAUAUGGUUCUUGAGUUUGUGGAAGGCAAAUGGGUUUGCGAGGGUUCAGGUCCACCAGGUGGCUUAGGCGAGAUCACAGCAAGAAAGUACAUGCGGGAUGUAGUUUCAGGGCUCAUGUAUCUCCAUGCUCAUAAUAUUGUGCAUGGCGAUAUUAAACCUGAUAAUUUGCUAGUUACUCGCAAUGGUACAGUUAAGAUAGGUGAUUUCAGUGUCAGCCAGGUGUUUGAGGAUGACAAUGAUGAGCUUCGUCGGUCCCCUGGGACUCCUGUUUUCACUGCCCCUGAGUGCUGUCUUGGUCUAACCUAUCAUGGCAAAGCUGCAGACACGUGGGCUGUGGGAGUAACUUUGUACUGUAUGAUUCUGGGACAUUAUCCAUUUCUUGGGGAGACACUGCAGGAUACUUAUGAGAAGAUUGUUAAUAGCCCCUUGGUUCUCCCCGAUGCCAUGAACCCCCGGCUGAAGAACUUGCUGGAAGGACUUCUUUGCAAAGAACCAAACAUGAGAUUGACAUUGGAGGCUGUUGCGGAGCACACCUGGGUUAUUGGGGAAGAUGGGCCAAUUCCUCAGCAUUUAUGUUGGUGCAAGCGAAAGAGCCUGCAGAGGGAAGAAUCUGAUGGGAGCAAUGAUGAUACUCAAAUAACUCCUACCGACUAAAUUGUUUUCUCACGUUAUGUAUAGUAGAAAAGUAAGUUUUUUCCCCUUUUUGUUUGUUUGUUUUUUUGACGCAGCAAUCUGAUUUGCAUGGAGGUAAAUCAGGACACUGAAUUCCGGAAACCAACCUUUUUGAAGUGCAUUGAAAUAUAUGUCCAAGAAGUGAGUUGGUGAUUAGGAUUAUUGGGUUGGAAAUGAUACUGUAGAGAUUCAGUACUUGGUGGAGUUGGGGAUUUUAUCAUGAUUUAAAAGAGAAGCAUGUAUUGUGCCAGUCCUGAAUCUAGACAUUGUUAUCUGAUUGAGAAACAGUAAUUUGUUCCCUUUGUGCUUUGCCUUC